AUGCCGUCGCGACGGAUCCGUCUCCCGGCGUUCGCGAAAGCGACGCUGCGAUUCAUCGUCCGCAACGUGAUCGUCCCGCUGUGGUUGACGCUGCGUCUGAUCGCGUACGUGCGCGUCGGGUGGCUGAUAAAGUUCUGCGGGCUGGUCGCCUUCGCCGCGGUCUUGUCCCCCGCGUUCUUCCGCAUCGCGUGGACGUACUACACCUCGAGAAGGGUCAAGAGGGACAUCCUGUACGGCAGCUCCCCGAGGAACCGGCUCGAUCUGUACCUCCCGGAGGGGUGCCACUACGACGCACCGGUGAUCGUCUUCGUCACCGGCGGGAUGUGGAUCAUAGGAUACAAAGCCUGGGGCGCGCUGCUGUCGCUGACGCUGAUGAAACAAGGUUUCAUCGUCGCGAGUUUAGACUACAGAAACUUCCCGCAGGGCACGGUCGGGGACAUGACCCAGGACGUCUCGAACGGGAUCGGGUGGGUCGCGAAGCGCGCGCGAUCAUUUGGCGGCGACGCGAAGAAAAUUUUCGUCGUCGGACAGAGCGCGGGCGCCCACUUAGCCUCGUCCGCGAUCCUUCGACAGGCGGAGUACGAGACCAGCCUCGGCGGGAGCGUCAUCGACUACGGCACCGCGGUCGCGCGGUGGUCCCCGAGAGACCUCGCCGGGUUCGUGGGCAUCAGCGGCGUGUACGCGCCGGACGACCGCGCGCUCGCGGAGCACUUCAACCGCAAGGGGUUACACAAGGAGGUCUUCUGGAGCAUCAUGGAGGCGGGGUACAGCGGCGCGCGCGCGGAGGAGGCGCUCCCGCGCGCGUCCCCUUGCGCGAUGCUGCGCGACAUUCCCGGCGUGGCGUCGUCGCUCCCCGCGGUGCUGCUGUGCCACGGAAACGCGGACGGCUCCGCGCCGCCGAGCGAGAGCGCGCGCUUCGCGGAGGCGUUGCGCGCCGCGGGAUCUCAGGCGCGUUCUAUCUUACACUGGUUCCCAUACGACCGCCGGUACUACGACGGGAAGACGCACACGGAUCCGUUCGUGACGGACCCGAUAAGCGGCGGGCACGACGUGCUUCUAGAGGACAUCGUGCGGUGGGUGCGGAGAAAGGAUCCUCGGGGGGGUGAGAUCGCGUUGCCCGCGAUGCCGGCGCUGUUGCCGUCGCUGCUCGUGGACGUGGCGCGACGCGUCGUCCCGUUCUGA